GGGUAGGACAAAGUUAAGCACUAAAGAUAAUGUGCCAUCUCCUUCACACUGCAGCCAUAUGUUUAUCAUCUCCGGUUCCCUCGUGCAACAGUUCAUAUGAAUUUAAUGAUUGCCAGUGAGCCCAUUUGUUGUAUAUGAAGUAAGAUGCUUAAACACAGAGGCCAAGUACAAAAAUAGAGAAAUGAGGAUACCUGUAUUCAUUUCAGCUAUGCAAAGUCUAGGAUUUGUCUUUUGUGUAUCGCUGUUUUUGGCAAGUGUUAAUGUCGUCAUCUCAUCAAGCAGCUCUAAGAAAGAGUCUACAAAACAGCGUGCAGUGUUUGUGUUUGGAGACUCGUUGUAUGAUCCAGGAAAUAAUGACUUCCUCAAUAUGAGCAUUGAUUUCAAGGCAAAUUUUCCUCCAUACGGUGAGACUUUCUUCAAGUAUCCUACCGGAAGAUUUAGCGAUGGCCGCCUUAUUUCUGAUUUCAUUGUGCUUGGUGCAGCCAUGCAUGUAAACUUGAGUGUGUGGAAACCAUACUUGGAACCUGGAAAACAGCAAUUCAUUCAUGGAGCCAACUUCGCAAGUGGUGGAGCUUCUGUUCUUGUUGAUAGUAAUGCUUCCUGGCUCAACCUUGAAAGACAGCUAAGCUUGUUCAUGAAUGUGGUCAAUACAUUGACGCAACAAUUAGGAAAUGCAGAGGCGAAGAAAUUGCUAACAAAUGCGGUUUACCUCUUUAGCAUUGGAGGUGUUGAUUAUGCAUGGUUCAAAGUUGAUUACCCAAAUGCUACAGAAUCAAUGAAGUUGGAAUACGUAAAUUGGGUUAUCGGAAACAUAACGAAUGUCAUCAAGGAAAUAUACAAAGUAGGAGGAAGGAGAUUUGCUUUUCAAAACAUUGGACCCCUGGGUUGCUUGCCAGAAGUUCGACAAGAUUAUAAUCUCAGCGGCAUUCAGUGCUUAGAAGAAACGUUAGCAUUAGCAACAUUGCACAACAAUGCUUUAUCUAAUGUUUGCAGGAAGCUAGAGAGUCAGUUAUCAGGAUUCAAGUAUUUGAUUUUUGAUUACUACAAUUCCCUUCUCGAUAGAAUCAAGAAUUUCUCCAAGUAUGGUUUCAAAGAAGGAUACAAAGCGUGUUGUGGCAGUGGGUUAUAUCAUGGAAUCAAUUGUGGAAUUGGGGAAUAUUAUUUAUGCACUAAUCCUAAUGACUACCUGUUUUGGGAUGGUUACCAUCCUACUGAACAUGCCUACUCUCAACUGGAAAAGCUGUUCUGGAGUGGAAACCCAAAUGUUACAUGGCCUCUAAGCAUGAAACAACUAUUUGAAUUUGACGAACCUGAGAUUGGCAACUUAGCUGAUGAUGAUCUGUUUAUGCAUGCGUAACUUUAUUAAAUCUGGCUCAAUAAGCUUGUUACCAGCAAGUGUAAACAGUUUUAGUUAAUAAAGGAGCUAAUAGUUCUUAAAAUCUUAUAUAAAAUUGUUUAUGUUAUAUUUAAUUUCAAACUUAAUGACUUUUUAGAAUCUACUGAGGCUGGAUUCUAACAAACUUGUGAGAGAAAAUUGAAUGUGUGUAUUAUGUUAUUCA